AUUGCCGUAUGCAAAUCACGCAGUUGGAAUAUUACAGACGGAGACGCAACAACUUCCAACUUCGUUCGACAUUUGAAGUUGCACUAAGAAGGGUGACCUUGCUCCUGCUCUUGUCCCUUCCUGAGCAUGCACCAUCUGACACCUCCGCGUGUGUGGGCUCCGCAUUUAUGGAGGAGGCUCUUCAAAGGGCCAUGGAGCUGACUGAUGCUGCCUAUGCUCACACAAGCGAAAGGAUGGCAAAGUCUCUGUCUGAUGGCGCUCUGAGACCGACUGAUCUGCUGGCUCACUUCAAACAGACAGCGAGCAGAACCAGGACUCAGAUUCGAGCUGCAGAGCUGCUGGACAACACAGUGGAGCUAAUCAGAGAAAUGGUCUACACUCACACCAUGACUCAGCCCAGCACUCACGAUCUGCUAAGUGAAGCAGAAGUCGAGACUCUACUGAAGGCCACUGGUUGUUUGGAUCAGCUGCAAACACCCAACUGUCCUACUGGAUGUCUGUCUGAGCGCUACAGGUCCAUUACUGCACAAUGCAACAACAGACAGCAUCCCAGAUGGGGCUCUGCAAACAUUCCAUAUUCUCGCUGGCUACCUCCAGAGUAUGAAGACAUGUGGGGGGCGCCAAAAGGCUGGGACCCACACUACACCUACCACAACUUCAGCCUGCCUCCAGUCCGUCUGGUGUCGCAGGAGGUUUUGUUCACUCACAAUGACAACAUCUCACUGGACUCCACUCUGUCCCACCUGCUGGUUGAGUGGGGCCAGUGGAUAGACCACGACUUGGUGCUGACCCCACAGAGCGCUAGCACGGCGGCUUUCCGUACGGGAGUAGACUGCACCCGCACUUGCAGCCGGGAAACACCUUGCUUUCCCAUUCAGGUGUUUUAUAGUCAUUCUUUUUCAUACAGUUCUUGUAUUGAGAGAGCAAAUGAUCUUAACAUGAAGCUUCUACAGAUCCCACAGUCUGAUCCCCGACAUGGCACCCAGAGUUGCAUGCCUUUCUUCCGCUCUGCUCCAAGCUGCGUGGAUAGUGUUCUACUCUAUCAUCGGCGUGAGCAGCUCAACGCCAUCACCUCCUUUGUGGACGCCAGUAUGGUGUACGGCAGCUCCGAUAGCCAGGCUGCGGCGCUGCGUGACCACUCCUCACCUCUCGGCUCCAUGGCCUGCAACUCGCAGCACUCCGAUGGGGAGUUGGCGUACAUGCCCUUCCUGCCACGCCAACAGGCUCACUUGGACCCUUGCGGCCCUCGAGAGCGGUCUAUGCCUCGACGCAACAACACAUUUUGCUUCCGAGCCGGUGAUUCUAGAGCCAAUGAGCACCUGGGCAUGGUUGUCCUGCACACACUCUUCCUACGUGAACACAACAGGCUGGUCAAAGAGCUUCACAGACUCAACCCCCACUGGAGUCCCAACACGCUCUACCAAGAAGCCCGAAAGAUAGUAGGAGCGAUCCAUCAGAUCUUAACAUGGGAGCACUACCUGCCACGAGUCCUCGGAGAGAAGGCCAUGUCAAUGCACAUGCCUCCAUUUGAGGGUUAUGACCCUAACGUAGAUCCCAGCAUAGCCAACGUCUUUGCCACUGCCGCUUUUCGUUUUGCUCACGUUACUGUGCAGCCAGUUGUGUCCAGACUGGGGCCAGGGUAUACCUCUAACUCCCAGCAUCCCUCACUUCCACUGCAUCAUUCUCUGUUCGCCUCGUGGAGGGUUGUCCAGGAGGGUGGUAUAGACCCUGUGCUACGUGGCCUCUUGUUGUCUCCUGCAAAGCUACAGACACCAGAUCAGAUGAUGGUGGAGGAGCUAACUGAGCAUCUAUUUCAAGCUCAAGGAGGGAUGUCUCUGGACCUCGGGGCCCUCAACCUUCAGAGAGGCCGGGACCACGGCCUACCAGGCUACAGUUCAUGGCGGAAGUUCUGCGAUCUCUCUGUUCCCAAUACAACAUCUGAGCUUGCAGAAAUUCUCAGCAACUCGGCUUUAGCACACAAGUUCCAGCAACUGUACGGGACGCCGCACAACAUUGAUGUGUGGGUGGGGGCCAUCUCUGAACCUGCUCUACCCGGAGGCAGAGUGGGACCACUGUUGUCUUGUCUCCUGGCCAGACAGUUUCGCACCCUUAGAGAUGGAGACAGGUUUUGGUGGGAGAAAGAGGGAGUAUUCACCAGUUCACAGAGGACACACCUCCAUGCCAUCUCUCUAUCUCGAAUCAUUUGUGACAACAGCCACAUCAGCAACGUGCCCAAAGACCCCUUCUCACGCACAGAGAGCCCUGAUGCCAUGCAGGCCUGCUCCAGCCCCUUCAUCCCCCACCUCGACCUCAGCCCAUGGAAAGAACCACACUCAGAUCCAAAGUGUGGUCCCAUUCCCAGAAUGCAGUGGGGCUACUCUUUACUGUGUGAAUCUGUAAUCAUCUAUGAGUGUCAGUUUGGCUUCAAGCUGCAAGGUUCUCCAUCCAUCAGCUGUGACAGUCACAGUCUGCAGUGGAGCCCAUCACCACCAACAUGCCAAGAUAUCAAUGAAUGUGAACAGCAGAUUCCUGUGUGUCCACAAAACACAGAGUGUCUGAACUUGCCAGGUUCCUUUUCCUGCUCAGAACUUUCUCCAACGUCUGAUGUGUCAGUUGUGACUGCGGCCAUAGUAGUGAUUUGUUGUGUUGCCGGAUUACUGAUCAUCAUCAGCUGUUUUCGAAGGUAUUUACCCAGCAAAGAAGAUAUAAUCUGUGCGGGAUGUUGUCAAGGGAAAAGCUGAACAACCACUUUAAAAUAAUCUGUGAACUAAAUGAAGCUUUUAUAGUAAUGGAAACUUGUAACAAGAAUGUUGAUUUCUAGUUCAACGUGAGUAUGAAAAGACGAGGUCAUGUUUUGUCCUUUGUGCUGUAUAUUAUGUCACCAACCACACUGUACUCAAUUAUUAACAGAAACAAAUGACUUAUUGAGGGCAACUGCAAACUGUGUAGAGGACUGAAUUUACAAAGGUAUUCUCAAGCCGGAAACCAAAGGCUUACUGGCGGGUCUACAAUCAUUUUCUUUCCAUACAGACCCUCUGAGUGGGAUGUGGCCUCAAGUGUUUAUUCAGUAUGCCUGAGUUGAAUUCCUUUUUACAAACCUGUGAAACCACUGUGGGUGUGUCUUGUGUUUUAUGUUGCUAUACACAGGCCAGUCACAGUGUUGACCUGAGGCUUAUGGGUCACUUGAAAAUAAUUACAAAGAACUUUUAGAAAAUGUAUGGCAUAUCAGACUUUAAUGGAAUGUUGUUAAAAGUUACACUAGGUUUGAAGAUCUCAAAACCCUAUAGAGACCAAUAAGUGUUUAUUGCACUUUUGUACCGAGACAUUUCUUCAUUUUCAGUUUCAAAAUAGAGUUUUCUUGAGUUGACGGUUAAAAAUAAUACGUAAAUUAACAAUUCUACAACAUAAGGUAAAACAGCCAAUUCAAAUUGCAUAAUAUGGCCUUGGACUGCAUUCAUGCUCAGUUGUAAAUGGCUCAUACAGUACAGAACAUACAAAAUCUAGUGUUGAUUUGAGAAGUACAAAACGUCACUCAUCUGGUUUAUUAAAGCGUUUCCAAUACAUGUCAGUUGCACAGCACAGCUGUAGAGGACGGAACAUUUCAUCAAUUAAAUAGGGCGAGCCAACACGAGACUGCAGCUGCUGCUUCUUAACAAGGCAUCAAGAACAGGAAGUUCAAGCUUGCAAAAUUCCAGACAAUGCUGGCUCAUGGCACAUAUUUUCAUGGCUGAAUUUGUGUGUUGAUUGUACCUUGAGGUAAUAUUUACAAAGCAACGUGUGGUGUAAGGCAGGACUCAAUAUUGAUGUAAGUCUUUGAGCAUAAUAAAAACUACUUUUU